CUUUCUCUCUUUUCUUUUUCUUCUUUCCUCUCAGAGAGAGAGAUGAUCGGAGGAGUGGGGGCUCAGUGAACAGAACGAAGCGAUGGAGAGAUGGUAAGAUGGAGAGAGUGAGAGGAUGUUUAGACAGACACAGAGUCAGACCAUCUGGUUGUAUGCAUGUUGCAUGAGGAGUCCAGUUAGACAGUGGACAAUGCAUUUGUAAUGUUAAUCGUGCUCUAAUUCUCUUUCUGUCUCCCUCCUUUUCUCUCCCACCUCUUUCUGCUUCUCUUUAUUUCUCCCUCCGUCUCUCUCUUCUUUUCUCUCCUUCCUUCCUUCCUUCCUUCCUUCCUUCCUUCCUUCCUUCCUUCCUUCCUUCCUUCCUUCCUUCCUUCCUUCCCUCUAUCUCUCCUCUCUCUCUCAGCUCCAUCUCUCCUGUCAAACGACUGACCGCCCUCCGCUGCCUUUUCUUCCUCCUGGUUGCCGCGGUGACGCGACCCUCAACCUGUAACCGUGACGACGAGGGCGAGGGGCAGGUGGAGGCCCUCUCGGCCCAGCUGUCCGUCACAGGACAGGUCACACCCACCCCUAUUUGGUCUGUGGACUGGGGCCCCACUCUACCUCUGGAGGACGAGACUCAUAACAUCCUGUCCAGCCAGGAAGCAGACCUGCAUCACCAUGGGCAUGAAGUCCCCACGACAACCGUCGAGGCCUGGCCGCAUCAUCAGAGUGCACCGGGCAGUGCUUUGCCCCAGGAGCCCCUGGACCUGCUGGAGGCCCCGGACGCAGAGGGAGUGGAAGAUGGAAGAAGUGAGGCGGAGGAGAGAGAGCCUGAGGAAGGUGGGCACCGUAGAAAUUAGUAAAGAUUUUUAAAAGAAAGGAUUUGUAUUGGUGGGCAUGAGAACAGAGUGUUUUGGAACAAAGACAUCAGAAGAACUUGGGCAUCAGGGAAUAACUUAAAUUCCCGCUGGGCUGGCUUUGUGUGGAUGGAUGGCUGCGUCUUGGUGGUGGAGAAUACUUAAUAGAGUUUUCUGAACUUACAAAAACACACAAAAAGGAAAUGGGUGACAUCACACACCAAGCGAUGGAAUGGAUGACUUCAUCGGCUCAUUCUCUUUUGAGUUGCUGUACUGACAGUAUGGGCACUCUCUAAAAGCAGAGUUGUGAUUUUUUUCUUGCAUCAUUGCAGUUGACCUGGGUUAUUCAUAAGGCUCCAAACGGAAGAAAAAUGACUGAAACAGGGACGGUCUACCUGGUCCAAUAAGAAACGCUCAUUUUUGUUUUCGGUUGCAAAACAUUUCAAAGCAUUUUCCAUUGCAUGCUAUAAUGAACAUUACCCUGGUUUUCUUCUAUGGUGCUGAUUUGAUUGUUCCUUCUAUUGUGCUGAUUUCCAACCAUGUGAAAGGUAACUCCUCUGUGUGUUCGUGUGUGUGUGUCCUCCUCCAGUGGACCCUCAGUUCUACGUCACUGUGACCAUCUCCUCUCUGCUCAUCCUGACUGCUGUCAUCAUUACAGCCAAACUCUGGUAAGAAUCCUCUCUCUUUCCCCCAUUCUCCCCCCCCCCCCCCCUUCUUUCUCUUUCUACCCCUUCUCUGAAACAUAUUUUUUAUGUACAUCAGGGCAUAUCAACAGUGUUAUUUGUUUGAACAUGGGAAUGGUAAAACUCGGCUCUAGAUAGCGGAUGAAAUGUUUAGAGGCGGUCAGAGGUUUAAGGUGGCGCAAUUUCAACCACUUUGGGUCUUGAUAUCCAUGACGCUGUGUUGCUACAUGCCGGUAGCAUCUAAACAGUUUGUGGGUUUUCUCUUUUGCUUUCAUAUGAUGUUUGAUGUACCGUUCACCUAUAAAAUCAGCUGGGUGUGUGUUGUGCGUACUCUAACAUCAAAUGAAGACUGAUCUCUGGAAUGUAGAGCAGGGCUCGUGCUAAUCGCUUCAUUUAUUUGGAGGCCUCUUUUUUCCCACCUACUCUCACUAUUUCACUCUCUUUCACUCCUAUUCUCCCAUUUGUCUCUCAAUCGCUCUUUUUCUCUCUUUCCCCUGCUCUAUUUUUCUUACCUUCUGUCACUCUUAAUUUCUCUCCCUCAUUCCUGUCUCCCCUCUCUCUUUUCAAUCCCCCCUCUCUCUCUUCUCUUCGUUCUCACUCUCUUUCUCAUCCCCAUUCUUCAUCCUUUACUUUAAUUUAGCUUCAUCACCUUUCAGUAAUACUGGGUUCUGGUUGAUCCUUGAUCAUCACAUAGUAUCCUUAUCUUCUUCCCCAGUCUCCUAUCACUCCCAGCGCUGCCACGGGCCAGCUCCAGAUCGUCAGAUAAUCCCUCUGCUCACUGUGUGCCGAUAUACGAUAAACUCCAUCUCUCUCUGUCUCGCUCUCUCGCUCUCUCUGAAACCUGCUCUAAGUGUUUCUGUGUUUAGCUAACUUAAUUAUCCUCCACUGUAGGCUGGUUAAAAGUGCGUGUGCUGACUUUACAGUGUGUGUGCUGGAAACAAGUGUUGUUGGAGUGCUUAAUUGGAGCAACAGUAUCUCUCUCUCUCUGUGUUGUGUAUGUGUGGGCUUAUGUUGCAGUUUCAAUAUGACUGUAAAUAUAGGGGGUAAAUUGUGGUGAGGAAUGGAGGGCAGGUUUUUGAUGGGUAACAGUAGGGGAUUGAAUAGAGGAGAGACAGUAUAGCAUUGAAUAUAAUUAAUAAUUGAUUGUGAUAAUCGAUGUUGGAGAACGUUUCACCAUCUGGUAUGAAUCCUGGUGAAUAUCUUGUGUGUGUGUGUGUGUGUGUGUUUACAUGUAAUGUGGAUAGUUUGACUGGAACUGCGUGUCUGUGAUCUACAGUGUGUGACUGUGAAACAGGCUUUGUUGUGUGUGAGUGCUCUAAAGAGCUGUGUGUAUACUGUACCUGUGACUCUCACUGUGCCAACAACAUCAUAACUCAUACACGUAAUUGGAAUAAUGUUUCCCCACAUCAGCCCUGUAACCCUUCCUCUCUCUCUCAUUUCAUCUCUCCCCCUCUCUCUCUCUUUUCAUUUCUCCCCAUCCCCCUUUCUCUUUACCCUCGCUCUCACACGCUCUGUUUCCUUCACCUCUUUACCCUCUUUCUUUCUCUUUCUUUCUUUCUUUCUUUCUUUUUCAACCCGCUAUUUCAACCUCGACCACCACACUCCCUUUCUCUCUCUCCCUCCCUUUCUCUCAACCUCUCUCCUCUUCUCCCUCUCCUCUGAUAGUGCUUUAAUGAGUGAAAUGAGUGCAUUAACUCUCUCUUAGAGGCAGUGUAAUGUGUUCGCCGCUGCUAAAUGGCUCUGUCAUUCCCUCUUUUCCUCUCACUCAGUCUCGCUCUCCGUCUCUCUCUCUUACUCCGUCUCUCUCUCUCUCUCUGCCAGUUACGACCGCAGCUGUUCCCAGCACCCACCCCCGCUUUCCCGUGGCGUGCCCCCCCCCCUCUCUCUCGCCCUCCCUCGUUCUCUGGCUCUGGAGGACAGCCGCCAGACGCUGCACGGCACCCCCUCCUUUACCGACAGGGAG